CACCUGGUGGAAUUAGACUGUCUCACUUGGUCAAGUUACCUGACUGCUCAGUCUGUAACUGCUGUUACUGCAGGAACAGAUAGUUCAUUAGCACUCUCAGGAGACAUGUUAACAGUGGGACUUACAAGCAGUUUAUCCUAACAGUUUGAGGAGAUGAAUGCAGAGCUGGAAGAGAAUAAAGAGCUUGCUGGGAAUCGCCUUAAUGAAUUGGAGGAACUACGUCAGGAUCUUGAGGAAGUAAUGACACAGAAUGAAAAGCUCAAGGUUGAGCUGCGACGGGCAGUGGAAGAGGCUGUGAAGGAGACCCCGGAAUAUCGCUGCAUGCAGUCCCAGUUUUCUGUUUUGUACAAUGAGAGUCUCCAGCUGAAGGCACACCUUGACGAGGCCCGCACGCUGCUCCACGGCACCCGCGCCAUGCACCAGCGCCAGGUGGAACUGAUCGAGAGGGAUGAGGUCAGCCUUCACAAGAAGCUACGCACUGAGGUGAUUCAGCUGGAGGACACCCUGGCACAGGUCCGCAAAGAAUAUGAGAUGUUGAGGAUAGAAUUUGAACAGAUGCUUGGUGCCAAUGUGCAAGCAGGCCCCAUAAAUCGGGAGAUGCGUCACCUCAUCAGCAGCCUCCAGAAUCACAACCACCAGCUGAAGGGAGAGGUGCUGAGAUACAAGCGCAAACUGAGAGAGGCCCAGUCUGACCUGAGCAAGAUCCGCUCUCGCAGUAGCAGUGCUCUCCUCCAGUCCCAGUCCAGCACUGAAGACACAAAGGAGGAACCUGCAGAGAUCAAGCAGGAGCCUGAUGAUCCUUCUGCCCAAGUGACUGUUCCCAAGCCUGCUUCUGAAGAUGUUAAUGAGAUGAAGGCCAGGCGAGAUGAAGAGGAACGGGAGCGGGAGAGACGGGAAAGGGAGAGGGAACGAGAGAAGGAAAAGGAGAAGGAGAAAGAGAGAGAACAAGAAAAAGAGAAAGAGAAGGAAAAGGAACAGGAGUGGGAAAAACAGAAGCAGGAGGAAUCUGAGAAGGAGUCCAAAGAGAAGGAGAAAGGGAAGCAUGAAAAUGGAGGAAGAAAGGAGGCUGAAUUGAUCAAGCAGCUGAAGGCUGGGCUCAAGUAA